GGCGAAGAAAUGUUUUGCCCAGGGUGUUCCGCUCGGGGAUGUCAAUCCCUUGGGGCGUGCUGCCAAGCCGAAGCAGGCCUUUCGUACAGAUGCUAAGUGUGCAGAUGGUUACGUGGUCUUGGGAGGCUGGGCUUUGCCUGAGACUGGGGGAACGGAGAACGCUCCUUGGUUCAGCUUGAAGAUCUUCCCGAAGGACGCUCCUUGGCUCUUCAAGGAAGAUGGAAGUUCUCAGUGGGCUUCCACCUCUGCUGAGUUUCUGGGAACCAUGGCGGCCCUGAAAGCGUUUGGUUGGCUUGAGGGCGGCUCUGUCGGCUGGCCUCUUAUGGGCCUGAUGAUGCAGAUGGCCGAUGUCUUGAUCGACAUUGGUGGCAAGCUUCGGUUACACUGGAGGCCUCGUGAGGAGAACCAAGAGGCGGACAACUUAACUAACGAAGUUUUCGAUGGGUUUGACGCUAAUAGGCGGGUUGCUUUGAGACUAGGGGAUUUGCCACUUGAGCUUUUCCUUUCUUUGCAGAAUGCCUAUGCUGACUUUGAUCAGAAGCGUAAGGAUUUCAAGAUGGUGAAUCCUGUUAAGACGCGCACCUCAAAGAAAAUCAAACUUGCCGAGAAGACCGCUUGGUGA